CAGCAGCUGAGGGGAAAGCCGGAUGGACCCAGGUGGGUGGCCCUCCAGUCCACCCAGUUUAGGGAAUGAGACCCUGCCCUCUUUCCCUCCCGCUUCACCUGGCUUUCAAGGGCGGGGUUUUUAAGGGCUGCUUCUUAAAGCAGAGGAGCAACGGCCCGCAGCAGCCACAUUACACUCUGGAAGGAGUACACUGGGCAAAAACGCUGACCAUGACCCGGGACAGGCUGCCGCCUCUACCGCUGCUGUUGUUGCUAACCCUGUUACUCGCUGCGGGCUCAGGGUCGGGGGUGCAGACCAACUGUCGCGGGGGCUGCGUGGAGGAGGAAGACGCAGGGUCGCAUGCAGAGGGCUGUGCAGAAGCCGGGGGUUGCCUCCGGAGAGAAGGGCAACUGUGCGGGGUCUACAUCCCUAAGUGCGCCCCAGGACUGCAGUGCCAACCGCGAGAAAACGAAGAGACACCUUUGCGGGCUCUGCUGAUGGGCCAGGGCCGCUGUCAACGCUCCAGGGGGCCGUCGGAGACUAUAAAGGAAAGGAAACCCCAUGGAGGUGCCUCCCGCCAACGUGAAAUAAGCCACAGAGACCGGCAGAAGAAUCCAGGGACCUCCACCACCCCUAUAAGGCCCAAUCCAGGGGCUGUUCAAGACACUGAGAUGGGUCCUUGCCGCAGACACUUGGAUUCCAUACUGCAGAACCUCCAGACUGAGGUCUUCCGAGGGGGGUCACACGGGCUCUAUGUGCCAAAUUGUGACCUCAGAGGCUUCUACAGAAAGCAGCAGUGCCGUUCCUCUCAAGGGAAUCGCCGUGGUCCCUGCUGGUGUGUGGAUCCAAUGGGCCGGCCCUUGCCAGGGUCUCCAGAUGGCCAUGGGGGCUCUCAGUGCUCUGCCAGGGGCAGUGGCUAAAGCAGGGUAGGAGCCUCCAGGACACUGGCAAGAGCACAGGGCUGUCGCCCCGAGCGUGGAGUGAUGGUCACCCGGGCUUUGUGCCCCAAGACCAGCCUUCAGGCCCUGUCCCAUUGCUUCCCUCGCCCUGGCCUUGACACAUCUAGCUAGAAAAACAUGCUGACUUGGGGCACUAAUAAAGCUGUGU